AUGUCUUACUGGAUCUGCUGUAACUCCUGCUUCAUGUCUCCUGGAACUGACCGUCAGCUGGCGGUCACAAACUGCGGUCAUGUCAUCUGUAAUGUUUGCUUUCAGAAAGGACAACAAGGAGUGUGUCUUAUUUGCCAAGCAAAGUGUCAGAUCUGCCCACUAUCUGAUAAAAGCAGGUCAGAGGUUCAGGCACUUUUUUCAGAUAUCAACGUAGUUGCAGUCAAAUACUCUUCAGAGAUAAGCAAAGUCUCACAAUUCCAGGCAAGACACCAGAAAAGAUUAAUGGCCCACAAUCAGCAGAAGAUGGAGAGAAUGAAGGAGGCUGGACUGAAAAUGCAGCAAGAGAUGCAGAAGAUGUCCAAAAAAAUUGCAGAACAGAAUGCCUACAUUUCAAAGUUAGAGAUGACUCUUCAACAACAAAGUUCUCAACUGACACCACAGUUUAACCGAGAUUUACAUCCAGCAAAUCACUUGAGACGAGUGCCGUCUUCGAGAAAAAUUCUGUAUUCGUCUCCACUUUCAAUGUCACAAAAGAUAUCCACGACUAGCUUAGCUGAAGGCAUAGAAGUUGACACCAGGGGGCUCUCUCACAAACCACUUUUCCCUGCAUUUACUAAACUAAAUCUCUCUUUCUCCAUCUAGCAAGAUGUAUUGAGUAGAUGGCCACAGCAGAAUGGCCGCAUAGGUACCGAUCCUCACAGAGUAUCAAGUCAGAGCACUGUGGGUAGCCAUUCAGUGCCAUUCAGUACCACUGUCAGUGGUCUACGGGACCCUGUGAUGAGUCCAUCCCACCAUGUUGCCUACCGCAGGGAAUCGGCAUGGGAAACGCCUGUGUUCAAACUGCCCUCGGCCUACAAGUACCCCUCCGUGUCCUCCCUGGGACCCCCGCCAUGA